AUGUUUAGCACCGCGUUUGCUAACCAGAACUUUGAACUAUCGAUGCAUGUCCCAUUGAUGGCCUUGUUCCACGGCCGCUCGAGCGGCACGCACUGGAAGAUGGUUGCAAAUAUCGUUGCAAUACCUGAACCGAUGACUAUCGCUAUCUGCAACAUGGGCAUCGCGCCUACGUAUAGAAAAGGCAAAGAGGAAGCGUUUAGACGCCUCUAUUACGAGAUUUGGAAGCUAAACAACUACCUCCAUGAUUUACGCUCUAGUGAUGCCAAAAAUGAGGCCAUUGCAACGCCAAAAGGAUACUCACUGACAUUUUCUAGCUUCAAGCCCAAAUGCAAGACCGCAAGGAGCAACAAACAGACCUUACAGCUCAACACGAACGAACACAAGAGACUACCCGUCAAAUUCGAAACUCGAAUAAAGUGGAUCGAGCACUACCAGCGCAUCUUCGUAGCACAGUCCGACCUCCUUACCUUCUUCCUCGCAAAACUCAUGCUCGACAUCGAGAAUCCCAUUGCUGACUCGGACGAUCCUUACCGAAACGUCAAGAGCAUGCUCGUCCUGUUUGGACGCACGAAAGUGGCGAUUCGAAAGACUGGUGGGUUCCAGGCUGAGCGCUUGGUGAAGGAGAUUGGGGAGUUGGGGGGGCCGACGGAGGGGAUGAGGGAGGCGUUGGGGUGGGUUAGGGAUAUUUUUUUGGGGAUGGGUGGGAAGUCGAAACGCGGUAAGAGCAAGGGUCCGGUUGAGGUUAUUGAUUUGGAGUAG